CCCAGAGGUGGAAAGUUCUUUUGUGUGUACAGUGUUGGGGACUUUUCUGAUCAGAGAGAACUGAAUAUUCCAAGUUCCCAUUUCUACACUAGUCCAGGACCAAGCCCACCUCUUGCCUAGAGAGUACCAGGCAGGUGUUGACCUGAGAAUUCUGUGUCGGCUUCCUGAGGCCUCUUCCACCAUGCAGAGGCUGAUGAGGCUCCAAGUCCUCUGGGGCAUCCACAAAUCCUACCAUGGCUUUCACCCUGCCCCUUGGUACCUUUGCUGCCGGUCUUUAUCAGGAGCUGGAACCCUGAGAUGGAAUGACUACGAUAGACCUAAGGAAUUUAACUUUGCAAGUGAUGUCCUGGACUAUUGGACUCAAUUGGAGCAGGAGGGCAAGAGAGGUCCAAACCCAGCCCUGUGGUGGGUGAAUAAUCAAGGUGAUGAAGUGAAGUGGAGUUUCAGAGAGAUGACAGACUUAUCCCGCCGUGCAGCCAACGUCUUCACCCAGACCUGCGGCCUGCAGCAGGGAGACCGUCUAGCCUUGAUCCUGCCUCGAGUGCCCGAGUGGUGGCUGGGGGUCAUAGGCUGCAUCCGAGCAGGAAUAAUCUUCAUACCAGGAACCACCCAGAUGAAAGCCAAGGACAUUCUCUACCGAUUACAAGUGUCUAAAGCCCAGGGCAUCAUGACCACAGAUACCCUUGCCCCAGAGGUGGAUUCCCUAGUUUCUGAGUGUCCUGCUCUGAAAACAAAGCUCCUGGUGUCUGACCAUAGCCGUCACGGGUGGCUGGGCUUCCGAUCGCUGAUUAAAUCAGCAUCCCCAGAUCACACCUGUAUUAAGUCAAAGACGCUGGACCCAAUGGUCAUCUUCUUCACCAGUGGGACAACAGGCCUUCCCAAGAUGGCGAAACACAGUCAUGGACUUGCCUUGCGAUCCUCUUUGCCUUCAUGCAGGAAAUUUCUACAACUGAAGACAUCUGAUGUCUUGUGGUGCAUUUCGGACCCAGGCUGGAUUCUGGCUGUCUUGGGGUGCCUGUUUGAACCAUGGACAUCAGGGUCUACACUCUUCAUCCAUCAUCUGCCCCAGUUUGACCCCAAGGUCAUUCAACAGACAUUGUUCAAAUACCCCAUCACCCAGUGCUUUGCUGCGCCAGCUGUGUAUCGAAUGAUUCUACAGCAGAUUUCUACUAGUCUCAGGUUCCCUGCCCUGGAGCACUGCAUUACUGGUGGGGAGGCUCUGCUGCCAGAGGAGCAAGAGGAGUGGAGAAGACGGACAGGCGUUCUGCUCUACGAGGUCUAUGGACAGUCAGAAACAGGAAUAAGUUGUGCCACUUUACGGGGAAUGAAGAUCAAGCCGGGUUCCAUGGGGAUAAGUAUCCCCCCCUUCGACAUCCAGAUCAUUGAUGAGAAGGGCAACAUCCUGCCGCUCAAUACUGAAGGCAACAUUGGCAUCAGGAUCAAGCCAACCAAGCCCCUGGGCCUCUUCAUGUGCUAUGAGGACAACCCAGUAAAGACUGCAGAAUUGGAGUGUGGGGACUUUUACAACACUGGGGAUAGAGCAACUAUGGAUGAAGAGGGCUACAUAUGGUUCCUCGGGAGGAGUGAUGACAUCAUCAAUUCCUCUGGGUACCGAAUCGGGCCAGCAGAGGUGGAGAAUGCCCUGGCUGAACAUCCAGCAGUGGCUGAAUCAGCUGUGGUGAGCAGCCCAGACCCGAUUCGAAAGGAGGUGGUGAAGGCAUUUGUUGUCCUGACCCCGGAAUUCCUCUCCCAUGACCAGGACCAGCUCACCAAGGAGCUGCAGCAGUAUGUGAAGUCAGUGACAGCCCCAUAUAAGUACCCGAGGAAGGUCCUGGACUCAAAGAUUUACAUUUUUACUAUUUGAUUUAAUCCUCUUCAAACCUGAGAUGCUGUAACCACCCAUUUUACGGAGCAGAAACGGAGGCUCAGAGACUCCCAGUAAAUUGCCUGAGGUUGGAGUUAAUAAAAGGGUGGAGCUGGAACUCAGACCCACGUGUAUCUGACAAGAGAUCAUGCUUUGAAUGUUGGGCUGUCCUGCCUCUUAGGAGGAAAACAGAGGAUGCAUGAAAGUUAGGAUGGACUAGAGGUUAUUGGGGGUAACAAAUAGCCCCAAAAUCUUAGAACCUUAUAAUAAGGGAAGUUUCUUCCUUGCUCAUACCACAUGUCCACCAUGGUCCUCCUGGGACCAGGAUAAAAGAGUACCCACCAUAGGUAACUACUAGAUGCUAUAAGAGAUGGACAGAGAGGUGACCAGACUCAGUUGUUCCCAAGUGUUGUGUUCAAGGUGGCACACUUCACUCCCACUCACAUUUCACUGGUCAGAGCGUGUCACAGGGCUACGUCCAGCUUAGUGGGUCAAAGGACAAUGUGACAUACUUGGUGGAGCCUAGUGAGGCCACUACAUGGUGCCAGCCUGUCUGGGGGACUGUGCAAAGGCAAAGAAGGGAGGUGGGGCAAUGGUAGUAAAUGAUAGCAGGACUAAGUCAGGAUGGGUUUGCUUCAUCCUCAACCAGGUGGAAUUUGUCCCAGAGCUGCCCAAAACCAUCACUGGCAAGAUUAAGAGAAGUGAACUUCGGAAAAAGGAGUUUGGUCAGAUGUAAUCAG